UUAAAAGUGCAGCCCCGAGGCCACCCAGUCGCCGCCAGCACCUCGAUUCGAAGUCUGAUCCCGCCCGUCCCGAGCGCGCGCCCCCCGAUCCCUCGCCAGCCCGGCCCAGGCCCGUCUAGCUCUCACCAUGCCGGUCAAGGGAGGCACCAAGUGCAUCAAAUACCUGCUCUUUGGAUUUAACUUCAUCUUCUGGCUCGCUGGGAUUGCAGUCCUCGCCAUUGGACUAUGGCUGCGAUUUGACUCUCAGACCAAGAGCAUCUUCGAGCAAGAAGAUAAUCAUUCCAGCUUCUACACAGGAGUUUACAUUCUGAUUGGCGCUGGUGCCCUCAUGAUGCUGGUGGGCUUCCUGGGCUGCUGUGGAGCCAUACAAGAGUCCCAGUGCAUGCUGGGAUUGUUCUUCGGCUUCCUCUUGGUGAUAUUUGCCAUUGAAAUAGCUGCGGCCAUCUGGGGAUACUCCCACAAAGAUGAGGUGAUCAAGCAAAUCCAGGACUUUUACAGGGACACCUACAAUAAGCUGAAAAACAAGGACGAGGCCCAGCGGGAAACACUGAAAAAACUGCACGCUGCGUUGAAAUGCUGUGGUAUGAGUGGAGCACUGGAACAAUUUAUCUCCGAUAUCUGCCCCGAAAAGAAUAUUGCGGAAAGCUUUUCGGUAAAGUCCUGCCCUGAGGCCAUCAAAGAGAUCUUCGACAACAAAUUCCACAUCAUCGGCGCAGUGGGCAUCGGGAUUGCGGUGGUGAUGAUAUUUGGCAUGAUCUUCAGCAUGAUCCUGUGCUGUGCCAUCCGCAGGAACCGGGAGAUGGUCUAGAGUCAGCUGGUAACCCUGAGCAGGAGACCGCACCCCUGAAGACUGUUAGCUAUUUUCUUGGGGGGUGGGAAUUUUAUUUUAUUUUUGUUUUGGGGGUGGGUUGUUUUGGGGAUUUUUUUUUUUUUUUUGCCACUAAUUUUAGUAUUCACUCUGCAUUUCUAAACCAAGAAAAAAAAAUGUUAUUUUAUGUUUGUCUUUGUAAUGCUUUUUUCAUAUGGAUAAUUGUAGUUGAGGGAUUUUGGGAGUUGGUUUGCUUUGGUUUAUAUAUUUUUUUUUUUUGGUUGGUUGUUUUUCCUUAUUAUAUUAAGCAAAAGUCCUGCAAUGAAAGGUACUAUAUUUGCUAGGCUCUAGACACAAGAUACUGUAUAUAAAGAGAAUUUUUUUGUCUUUAAAUAGGUUAAAAAAAAUAUCUAUCAAAUUUAAUCAGAUUGUAACUUAUGUUGAAGACAAUUUGAUACAUAAUAAAAGACUAUGACAAUAUUA